GGUAAUGUAGAGUCACAGGUCAAGUCAGGCUCUUACCCACAUCUGUGCCGCUGGUUUUCAUUCCUGAGCUCUCAGGUGCCAUUCAGUUCUGUAGGCAGUAAAUGGGCCAGCAAGAUCACCGCCAGCAAAGCCGCUCCUGUGGAAAAAGAGAAGAAACAGGAUUUGGGAAAGUUUGUGGAGCUUCCUGGAGCCGAGAUGGGAAAAGUUGUGGUGAGGUUUCCUCCAGAGGCUAGUGGAUACCUGCACAUUGGCCACGCCAAGGCAGCUCUGCUCAACCAGCACUACCAGAUCAGCUUUAAGGGCAAGCUUAUCAUGCGUUUUGAUGACACCAACCCUGAGAAGGAGAAGGAGGACUUUGAGAAGGUGAUCCUGGAGGACGUGGCCAUGUUACAGAUCAAACCAGACCAGUUUACCUACACCAGCGACCACUUUCCUGCCAUCCAGCGGCUGGCAGAGAAACUUCUGCAGGAAGGCAAAGCCUACAUAGAUGACACGCCCCCAGACGUCAUGAAGCAAGAGAGAGAGCAAAGGGUCGAGUCUCAUAACCGCAGUAACUCUGUGAAGAAGAACAAGCAGAUGUGGGAUGAGAUGAAGAAAGGCUCAGAGUAUGGCCAAACCUGCUGCAUGAGAGCAAAGAUCGACAUGAACUCCAACAACGGCUGUAUGCGUGACCCAACUCUGUACCGCUGUAAAAAUGCUCCUCAUCCUCGCACUGGCAGCACUUACAAAGUGUACCCCACAUAUGACUUUGCUUGCCCCAUCGUGGACAGCUUCGAGGAUGUGACUCAUGCUCUGCGUACAACUGAGUACCACGACAGAGACGAGCAGUACUACUGGGUGAUAGAUGCUCUGGGUGUGCGCAAACCACACAUCUGGGAGUAUGCCAGACUCAAUCUCAACAACACUGUGCUCUCCAAGAGGAAACUCACCUGGUUUGUCAAUGAGGGCUAUGUGGAUGGCUGGGACGACCCACGUUUCCCCACAGUCAGAGGUGUGUUGCGAAGAGGAAUGACUGUUGAGGGACUUAAACAGUUCAUUGCUGCGCAGGGAGGUUCAAGAUCCGUGGUCAACAUGGAGUGGGACAAGAUCUGGUCAUUUAACAAGAAGGUCAUUGACCCAGUAGCCCCCAGGUACACUGCGCUGCUGAGCUCACAGGUUGUUCCCGUCUUCAUUACCGAAGCCAAGGAGGAGAUGAAAGAGGUUGCCAAACAUCCCAAGAAUGCGGACGUGGGAAUGAAGCAGGUGUGGUUCGGGCCGAAGGUCUUAAUCGAGGGUGCUGAUGCUGAAACGUUUACAGAGGGAGAGAUGGUCACCUUCAUCAACUGGGGAAACCUGAUCAUCACCAAAAUCAACAGGUACAGCAGUGGAGUGAUAACCUCUCUGGAUGCCCAUCUGAAUUUGGAGAACACCGAUUUUAAAAAGACAACCAAGAUCACCUGGAUAGCGGAGACUGCCCGUGCCCCGCUUGUGCCCACUGUAUGUGUGAACUACCAGCACCUUAUUACCAAACCAGUGCUUGGAAAAGAUGAUGACUUCAAAAAUUUCAUCAACAAGAACAGCAAGAUAGAGGAGAAGAUGCUGGGAGAUCCUUGCCUGAAGGAUUUGAAGAAAGGUGAUGUUAUACAGCUGCAGAGGCGGGGCUUCUAUAUCUGUGAUCAACCCUAUGAGCCAAUCAGCCCUAACAGCUGUAAAGAGAGUCCCUGUGUCCUGCUCUACAUCCCAGAUGGACACACAAAAGAGAUGCCCACAGCUGGUUCCAAGGACAAGAGCAAAAGCCAGGUAGCUGCCAAACCCAAGGUCGAGUCUGCGGCUCCCAGUAAAGUCAAACAAGCUCCCACCUCCAGUCCACCAUCUGCCGGAGCAGGAGAUGCUUCUGCCCUGUUCUCCAGCAUUGUGGCUCAGGGAGAUAUGGUGAGGCAACUCAAGACUGAUAAAGCCCCUAAAGAGCAAGUGGACUCCGCUGUGAAGCAGCUCUUGGCCCUCAAAACUGAGUUUAAACAGCUGACUGGACAAGAGUACAAACCUGGCAUAGCCCCACCCACUUCUGCUGCAGCACCGAAGAGCUCUGCCCCAGCACCAAAGAGCUCUGCCCCCACUCCAGCAGCAGGAAGUCCAAGCCCUGCUUCCUUUUCUUGUCCUUUCACUCGUGUCGCCGAACAAGGGGAGGUCGUUCGUAAACUGAAAGCAGCAAAAGCACCAAAGGAGCAAAUAGAUGCCGCAGUGAAACAGCUCUUGGCUCUUAAAGCUGAGUUCAAACAGUUUACUGGUCAAGACUACAAAGCAGAUAUCGCGCCACCCACAACAUCCUCACACCCCACCCCUUCAUCUGACUCCUCCCCUGCUUCCUUAUACAGUCGUGUGUCAGACCAAGGAGAGGUCGUCAGAAAGCUGAAAACUAAUAAAGCACCAAAGGACCAGAUUGAUGCAGCAGUAAAGCAGCUUUUGUCCCUGAAGGCAGAAUAUAAGCAAGUGACUGGCCAGGACUACAAGCCCGGAGCUCCUCCAGCUGGUGCUUCUCCAUCAGCUCCAGCCCAGCCCGCCAGCACCGCUCCUACUGUAUCAAGCUCCUCUGACGGCUCGCCUAUGGCCAUUUAUGAACAUGCAACUCAACAAGGAGACCUUGUGAGGAAACUGAAAACAGACAAGGCACCCAAGGAUCAGAUAGAUGCAGCUGUGCAGCAUUUGCUGAGUUUGAAAGCCAAGUACAAGCAGCAAACUGGACAAGACUACAAACCAGGUGUGCCUCCUUCAACAGGCCCUGCCCCUGCUCAAUCCAGCCCCGCCCAACAUUCCACCAGCUCCUCCCAACCUCAAUCCAGCUCCUCCCCUCAGGCCCAAGCGCUGUUUGCAGAUAUAGCUCAGCAGGGGGAACAAGUGAGACAACUCAAAGCAGAGAAAGCCCCUAAGGAGCAAGUUGAUAAAGCAGUGAAGACUCUGCUUGAGCUGAAGGGUCAGUAUAAAGCACUCACUGGGGAGGAGUACAAGCCCGUGACCACACCAGGAUGAAACACGGGGGGAGAAGACAAAAGCCGUAAGGAGAGAGAGAACAAAUCUGAGAAACAGGGAGGAGGAGGUGGAGGACGCAAGCAGCAGAAGGGAGGAGAGAAACCUCAAGGUCAGGAUGCUGGAGCUGGUGGAGCAGGAGAUGGCCAGGGGCUGAAGAAACAAACACGGUUGGGACUUGAAGCAAAAAAAGAGGAAAACCUGGCUGAUUGGUAUUCUCAGGUGAUCACCAAGGCUGAGAUGAUUGAGUACUAUGACGUCAGUGGCUGUUACGUGUUGAGACCCUGGUCUUACGCCAUCUGGGAUGCCAUCAAAGAAUUCUUUGACCGCGAGAUUAAGAAGCUGGGUGUGGAGAACUGCUACUUUCCCAUGUUUGUUUCUCAGGCUGCUCUGGAGAAAGAGAAAAGCCACAUUGCAGAUUUUGCUCCAGAGGUUGCUUGGGUGACAAGAUCAGGAAAGACAGAACUGGCUGAGCCCAUCGCUGUGCGGCCCACUAGUGAGACAGUCAUGUACCCGGCUUAUGCCAAGUGGGUCAAGUCACACAGAGACCUGCCAAUCAAACUCAACCAGUGGUGCAACGUCGUGCGUUGGGAGUUCAAACACCCACAGCCCUUCCUGAGGACCAGAGAGUUCCUUUGGCAAGAGGGACACACAGCAUUUGCCACAAAGGAAGAAGCUGUAGAGGAGGUUCUACAGAUCUUGGAGCUGUAUGCUCGAGUGUAUGAGGAGCUCAUGGCCAUCCCUGUGGUCAAGGGUAGGAAAACUGAGAAGGAGAAGUUUGCAGGAGGAGACUACACCACCACCGUGGAGGCUUAUAUCUCAGCCAGCGGCAGAGCUAUUCAGGGUGCCACAUCUCAUCACCUGGGUCAGAACUUCUCCAGAAUGUUUGAGAUUGUCUUUGAAGAUCCUAAAAAGCCAGGCGAGAAGCAGCUUGCUUACCAGAACUCAUGGGGCAUCACGACACGUACCAUCGGAGUCCUGACAAUGGUCCACGGAGACAACAUGGGGAUGGUGCUGCCACCCAGAGUAGCAUGUCUACAGGUAAUCAUCAUUCCUUGUGGAAUCACAGCCACUCUGCCAGAAGUAGAGAAAGAGCUUCUGUUAGCCCAGUGCUCCAAGUACCUUUCCAGGCUGCAGAAGGCCGACAUAAGAGUGAAAGCUGACCUACGUGAUAACUACUCACCUGGCUGGAAGUUCAACCAUUGGGAGCUAAAGGGUGUGCCCAUAAGGUUGGAGGUUGGGCCGAAGGACCUGAAGCAGGGUCAGUGCGUGGCAGUAAGAAGAGACACAGGAGAGAAGAUCAUAUUGCCAGAUGCCGAAAUUGAGAAGAGAAUAACAAGCCUCCUCGAGGAGAUUCAGAACAAUCUCUUUAAGAGGGCAUCUGAUGACCUUAAGAAACACAUGGUUGUGGCAGAUAGUAUGGAGCAAUUCCAAAAAGAUCUGGACCAGGGAAAAAUUGUACAGAUUCCCUUCUGUGGAGGCAUUGAGUGUGAGGACUGGAUUAAGAAGACCACAGCCAGGGAUCAAGAUCUGGAGCCUGGUGCACCUUCAAUGGGAGCCAAGAGUCUGUGUAUCCCCUUUGACCCCUUGAAGACCCUGCAGCCUGGUCAGAUGUGCGUUAGUGGCAAAGAACUGGCCCAGAACUAUACGCUGUUUGGCCGCAGUUAUUAAGAGUCUCUCGGUCCUGUCUACAUCAUACUUUUGGUUUCCCUUUUUAACAAAUGCACUAGCAGGAUUUGUUGUAAUUUAGGAUGUCUCCUCUCUAAGCUCUCAUAACAUCGCUAUCUACCACAUUUAGAAGAAGCCCCUUUAUUUUUCUGGCCGUAUUUUUUAAAGAUAAAUGGAAUUAGGAAUUAUCUGUGGCUGUACUUUGCACAUCUUUGUCCUUGACAACUAUAAUGACCUAAUAUUAUCUGUAAUAAAGGGAUUAUUACUUUCUAUCA